AUGUCCAUGGCAGGAGUGGCUGCUCAGGAGAUCAGAGUCCCUUUAAAAACUGGAUUUCUGCACGAUGGCCAAGCCUUGGGGAGCCUGAAGGCCUGCUGGGGUGGCCGCAGCGAGUUUGAGAACAGCUUUUUAAACAUCGACCCGAUAACCAUGGCCUACAGUCUGAACUCGCGGGCGCAGGAGCAGCUAACCUCCAUCGGGCGCACCUCCAGAUCCACCCCGAUGAGCAGCAGCCACUGUGCAGAGCAAUGCCCCCCUCCGAAGUCCCGCCUGCCUCCCCUCAUCAUCCCCCCAAGUGAAGGCUGGGGGCAGCAGGAGGAGGACCGGGUGGCAUGUGGACUGAAGAAGCUGGCGGUGAACGGGGUCUGUGCUGCCACACCCCCGUUGACCCCCGUCAAGAGUCCCGUGUCCCUCUUCUCCAGCCCAGCGCCCUGCGAGCGGGGCUCCCGGCCCCUGCCGCCACUGCCCAUCUCCGAGGACCCAGCCCUGGACGAGACGGACUGCGAGGUCGAGUUUCUCACCAGCUCGGACACGGACUUCCUUCUGGAAGACUGCGGGCUCUCCGACUUCAGAGCCGAUGGCCCCGGCAGACGCAGCUUCCGAGGAUGCGGACAGAUCAACUAUGCAUAUUUUGACACCCCAACUGUCUCCGCCGUGGAUCUCAGCCAGGAACCUGACCAGGUGGCUGGGGUGCCAAGUGCCGACCCCCUUCUGCCUCAGGCCCACCGGAGACUGAGGAGGUCUCACUCAGGCCCCGCGGGGUCCUUCAACAAGCCGGCCAUCAGGAUCUCUAGCUCCAUGCACAGGGCUUCUCCCAAUUCCGACGACGACAAGCCAGAAGUUCCCCCUCGGGUCCCCAUCCCUCCCCGGCCGGCCAAGCCAGACUACAGAAGGUGGUCGGCCGAGGUCACCUCCAGCACCUACAGCGAUGAGGACAGGCCCCCCAAAGUCCCACCGAGAGAGCCCUUGUCCCGGAGCAACUCCCGCACCCCAAGCCCCAAAAGCCUCCCAUCUUACCUCAACGGGGUCAUGCCCCCCACGCAGAGCUUUGCCCCCGACCCCAAGUACGUGAGCAGCAAAGCCCUGCAGAGACAGCACAGUGAGGGGGCUGCCGGCAAGGCACCCUGCAUCCUGCCCAUCAUUGAAAAUGGGAAGAAGGUGAGCUCCACGCACUACUACCUGCUCCCUGAGAGGCCGCCCUACCUGGACAGAUUCGAAAAAUUUUUUAGGGAAGCAGAAGAAACACACGGGAACACCCCCGUCCACCCCAUCCUGGCCCAUGGCAGUAUCUCUUCAGCCCCAGAAAAGCUGGACCUAAAGCCACGAGUGGACCUGGGAGGCCAUGUGAAGCGCAAACAUUUCUCCUAUGUGGUUUCUCCUUAG